AACGUUUCAAAACACAAAAACAGAGUAAGAAGCAACACUCUCUUCCCAGUAAUAAAAAAUCAUAUAGUAAUUAUUACAGUAUAACGUUGGGAGUUUGAAAUUUGAGGUAUCUCCUCGUUUCGGCGUCGUUUCAUAUUCAUUGAAAUUGCGACGGAAGGGGACAACACGUGGCUGAGAUUCAGAAUUGUUCCUCGGAACCAUAAACAGAACCAAUCGUCUGGUGCAACAGUAAUAAAGCUUUGAUGAAGGACAAAAGGGAAAGUUCUGAAGCCUCCGAAACGGCAUCGUCGUCUUCAUCACCAAGGGGAAAAGGUAAAGGUAAGGGGGUAGCGUGUAAACGACGGAACCCUAGAGUUCUUGUUCGCCGCAAUAGGGCUAGUGUAGACGCCAUUGGGCUUCCUCUUGGGAUGUCAUUCGCCGCCGUUUUGGCUCAGGUGUUGUAUAGAAGAAAUGCAGCAGCCGAGAGUAUGUCUCCCAGUGAUCUUUCGAUGAUGUGCACGUCAGCUAUCAAAGAAUCUUUAGCCAGUGUAUUUGGAGACAAGCUAGACGGUCUAACAAAGAAUUUUGAACAGUCUUUUGGCAGCACUUUGAGUACUCUUCAAUUAAUUUAUGAAUCAUCUAAGGGAAAUGUAGGAAAUGAAUUUAAUAAUACGAAGAUGGAAAUUCCAGGUUCUAAAUUGACUCAUGACAAGGGAGAAUGCUCAGGUGAUAUUGUUAUGGAGGAUGGUCAUUCAGAGCAUCUAUCUCAUACUGAGAUCCAAGAUCAAUCAAUUAGCCGUGAAGAGGUCAGGGAUAACUUUCAUUUGGAUCCAGUUAGUCGUGACAUUACUUUGGAUAGGCAAUCAAACCAAAUGGUUGGUUUUUCUCCAACCUCUUCUUUAUUUGGAAGUAAUAAUCCUAUGAUUGGUACUUUUGAGAAGUCUAUUGUAGAGCAAUGUCGUUCUAAUGACCUCAAGACAGUUGAACUCGGCCUUACAAUGAGAAGAUUGAAAUUGAAAGAGACUGCAUUGGCUCUCAACUUUGAUUUGAAUAAUCUAGAGAGAUCAAAGUUAGCCAUGGGGCUAUCAAAGGCAUCUUUCAAAGCGGAAAAGUUUAAGACUCAGUUAGAAGAUACAAGGCAUGGUGAACUAAAAAAGAAGUGCAUAGACUGUCUUAUUGCUGGUUUGCUUAUUAUGUCAUUCUCACUUUUGUAUGGUGCUUAUGUUUAUUCCUAUGAACGGAUUGCUGAAGCUACUGAAUCAUGUACACCAUCAACCCAGGAAUCUACAUCCUGGUGGACUCCUAAGUAUGUGAUCUCGUUCAAUUCGAGGUUCCAUAUUUUGUGGUGUCAAGUUCAAGUUAUGAGCCGAAUGGUGUUUGGUGUCUUAAUGAUUUUAGCUGUUGUAUAUUUGCUCAUGCAGCGAUCAACAACAUCAUCAUCAUCACAGACUAUGCCGGUUACUUUCAUCCUUUUAAUGUUAGGACUUGUUUGUGGCUAUUGUGGCAAGCUGUGUAUAGACACACUGGGAGGAAGUGGUAAUGUGUGGCUCUUAUAUUGGGAGAUUCUGUGCUUGCUGCAUUUCCUAUCUGUUGGCUGGACAUCCGUGUUGUACUCAAUCCUUCACGGACCCGUCACUGAGUCGCAAACAUCGAAGGAUAAUACAAUUUUUCAGUAUUGGAUUCGCCGAUUUUUGUUCUAUGCUACUUUGCUUGUGUUUCUACCAUUGUUUUGUGGUCUCAUGCCUUUUGCUAGCAUAGGUCAAUGGAAAGACCAUUUUAUGCUGAAGGUGUCAGAUUUCAACGAAGUUGAUUUGUAAAACAUUGUUUGGUCGUGGAAAGCCUUUUGUAUAAUACCCCUUGCUACCGACGGGCUGCUAAGCUUGUGGUUAGUCAACUAACCAAAUGCUAUCAUCCACAUUUUGU